CCUGAACUCAGUUUCAUCUGGUCUUCAAGGAAAUACAACAUCAACCUCAAAUCUCACUGACCUUGCGUUCCUGUAGGAACUAAGAAUAUGGAUAAGGCCGGAGAAGCUGAUUUGGAUGAGUUGGAAACGGUGGAAUAUCUGGAGGAUAUGGAGGAUAUAGAGGCUUUGAAAACCAUUGAAGCUCUUGAAUCUGCUCCACCGUACCCAGGCCAUCCAGCAGAUUACGUAGGAAAAGAAAUGACCCACAACCCAGGAUACAAUUCAUCUCCAUAUCCCAAUAUUUAUAUGGGAUACACCUCGUACUCAGAGCCGGGAGUUAAUCCAAACUUUCAGGGAGCUCCAAAUCAAGGGAUAUAUCCUCAGGUUAACAGUCUACACCCUGGGAUGUAUCCUCAAGCUAACACUCCAAACCCUGGGAUGUAUCCUAAAACUACCACUGUAACAACCACAGUGAUGCUCCCCAGCCUGCGUGAUUUACCCGCUCAAACCAUGUGCCCUCACUGUAAGCACCAGGUGAUCACUAUAACAGAUCACUACUCUGGACUCAUGGCCUGGCUGGCCUGUGGCUGCCUUGCCCUCAUCGGGUGCUGGCCCUGUUGUCUAGCACCUUUCUGGAUGGAUUCAUGUAAAGAUGUUGAGCAUCGCUGCCCAAACUGCAACAACGUCUUGUCUUUCUACAGGCGCCUGUGA